AUGGGAAAUUACAAAUCAAGACCGUCUCAGACGUGUACAGACGAGUGGAAGAAGAAGGUGGGCGAGUCGUACUCUGUCAUCGUUGAGAAGCUGGAAGACGACCUGCAGCUCAAAGACAGUGAGCUCACGGACCUCCAACUUGCUUUUGGCUCUGAUGAGGCCUUUCAGAAGGUGAACGUAAGCUACCGCACAGAGAAGGGGCUGUCGCUGCUGCAUCUCUGCUGCGUGUGUGGAGGGAGCGAGGCCCAUAUCCACACCCUGAUGCUCAAAGGCCUGCGUCCUUCCAGACUGUCCAGGAACGGGUUCACCGCGCUGCACCUGGCAGCUUACAAGGACAACGCUGAGCUGUUGACUGCUCUUCUCCACGGAGGGUCAGAUGUGCAGCAGCUGGGGUACGGAGCCCUCACUGCCCUGCACGUCGCUACAUUGGUUGGACACCAUGAGGCAGCAGAUAUUCUCCUACAGCACGGGGCCUAUGUGAACGUCCAAGACGCUGUGUUUUUCACUCCACUGCACAUUGCUUGCUACAAUGGCCACGAGCAGGUUGCAAAGCUGCUGCUGAAGUUUGGGGCAGAUGUUGAUGUGAGUGGUGAGGUGGGGGACCGGCCACUGCACCUGGCCGCAGCCAAGGGUUUCCUCAGCAUCAUCAAACUGCUGAUGGGGGAAGGGAGCAAAGCCAACGUUAACGCUCAGGACAACGAAGAUCACACUCCUCUUCACUUCUGUGCUCGUUUUGGUCACCGCGAGAUUGUGAGCUUCCUUCUUCAGGGCAACUUCGAUGUGCAGCCUCACUCUGUCAACAUCUACGGGGACACGCCAUUACACCUGGCGUGCUACAAUGGCAAGUUUGCAGCGGUGAAGGAGAUUAUACAACAUUCUGGAACAGAAAGUCUUUCAAAGGAGAACAUAUUCAGUGAGACAGUACUUCACAGUGCGUGCACCUACGGUAAAGACCUGGAAAUGAUCAAGUUCUUGCUGAGUCAGAACGCGAUGAGCAUCAACCAUCAGGGCCGAGACGGACACACAGCCCUGCACAGCGCCUGUUUCCACGGCCAUAUCCGCCUGGUACAGUUCUUGUUGGACAGCGGCGCAGACAUGAACCUGGUGGCCUGUGACCCAAGCAGGUCCAGCGGGGAGAAGGACGAGCAGACCUGCCUGAUGUGGGCGUAUGAAAAAGGUCACGAUGCCAUCGUCACCUUACUGAAACACUACACACGUCCUGAUGACUCCCCCUGCAAUGAGUACUCCCAACCAGGAGGGGAUGGGUCCUACGUUUCUGUUCCGUCUCCUCUGGGGAAGAUCAAGAGCAUGACUAGAGAGAAGGCCGAGGUUCUGCUGCUCAGAGCCAGUCUUCCAUCUCACUUCCACCUGCAGCUGUCUGACCUGGAGUUUAAUGAAAUUAUCGGAUCAGGCUCCUUCGGGAGAGUCUACAGAGGCAAAUGUCGAAACAAAGUUGUGGCCAUAAAACGCUAUCGAGCCAACACGUACUGCUCCAAGUCAGACGUGGACAUGUUCUGCAGAGAGGUCUCCAUCCUCUGUCGCCUCAACCACCCCUGUAUCAUCCAUUUUGUGGGGGCGUGUCUGGACGACCCCAGCCAGUUCGCCAUCGUCACUCAGUACAUCUCUGGAGGCUCGCUGUUCUCCCUGCUGCACGAGCAGAAGAGGCUCAUCGACCUGCAGUCCAAGCUCAUCAUUGCCAUCGACGUGGCCAAGGGCAUGGAGUACCUGCACAACCUCACCCAGCCCAUCAUUCACCGGGACCUCAACAGCCACAAUAUACUGCUUUACGAGGAUGGACACGCGGUUGUGGCGGAUUUCGGAGAAUCCAGAUUCCUACAAUCUGUAGAAGAGGAUAAUAUGACCAAGCAGCCUGGGAACCUGCGAUGGAUGGCUCCAGAGGUGUUCACCCAGUGUACUCGCUACUCAGUAAAGGCGGACAUGUUCAGCUAUGCCCUCUGUCUGUGGGAGCUGCUCACUGGAGAAAUUCCCUUUGCCCACUUGAAACCUGCCGCCGCAGCAGCAGACAUGGCCUACCAUCACAUCCGGCCUCCCGUUGGCUACUCCAUCCCCAAACCCAUCUCUGCUCUUCUGAUGAGAGGCUGGAACGCAAGCCCACAGGACAGGCCUGAGUUCCCUGAGGUGGUCUCCAGUCUGGAGGAAUGCUUGUGCAACGUUGAGCUGAUGUCUCCAGCCUCCAGUAACAGCAGCGGCUCCCUGUCGCCCUCCUCCUCCUCUGACUGUCUGUUGGCGCGAGGAGGACCAGGCCGAGGCCACGUGGCCGCCCUUCGCUCUCGCUUUGAGCUCGAGUACGCCCUCAACACCCGCGCCUAUGCCUGCUGGUCUCAGAGUGAGCAGCGGCGAGCGUCUGGAGGCCUCUCACUGGAGGAGCUGCGACGGAAUAUGCAGUUUCCUCCCAUCGAUCGAAAUGGGUACGUGUCCGACCCCAUGAGCACCAUGAGAUUCUGCUCGUCCUACAGCAGCAGCGGCAGCUUCGAGGACAGUAACUGA